AUGAUGACCAUCGGCUUUACUUCACUUCUGGUGCUCACAAUAAUUGCAAGUGCAGCACAAACCUCCCAGACAGAAAUUUGCUCACACAAAGAUGGAAUGACUGACGAUAUUCGCAACAUUGCGCUUACACUACACAACAGCUAUAGGUCAGAUCUUGCACUCGGCAAGGUGAAAAAAUAUGAUGGUUCGCUUUUGCCACAGGCAGGAGCGAUGAUGCAGCUGGAAUACUUGUGCGAGGCAGAGGACAUUGCUUAUAAUGAAGCAAGUCAAUGUCCGACAGUUGAAAACCCUUUGGAAGCUGUUGGACCUUUGGAGGAAGAGAAUUUUGCUAUGAUACCGAAAACAGAUGCAAAUGACGCUAACAGUGCCAUAGAAAUGGCUAUGCAAAAGUGGUGGAGUACAGUGCAAACUGAUCCUACUCCAUAUGACGAACAUUUCCAUGUCGUAGAGAGUCACUUAAAGGCGCCGCUGAUGUCUUUCAUAAGGAUGGCCUGGCAUGAAACAUGGGCUGUAGGUUGCGGCGUGAAGGAAUGUGGCGAUCAUUACACUAUUAUAUGCCGUUAUAGAUGGGGGAUCACCCUUGAUACUCCUCUUUACUGGCAAAACACACCAUGCAAAGAUUGCUGGGAAACAGACAUUUGCCACCCCAAUAAAGGGCUCUGCAUUGAAUAGACUGCAAUAUUAAAUAAAUUUUUUCUUGUACAC